CGCCCCCGCCUGCAAGGAGGGCCGCCCGCCUCGGACCGCGUCGCUCAUGCGGAGGGAGGGGGGAGGGGAGGGUCGCCCCGGCCCCGCGUCCCCCUCACGGGCCCCCCUCGGGCGCGCUCCCAAGGCUGCCGCUCCGGGAGAGGAGAGGAGAGGCUCCCCUCGGGCACAAAGCGGCAAGCCCCACUCUGCGCGCCCAGGAUGCCCUGGAUCCUUCCGCUGGGACCCGAGGACAGCAACAGCAGGCAGGGGGCGAACCUGACAGUCACUUGCUUGUUCCUUUGGGGCUGAGCAAACAGGUGAGUUACCGGGCCUUUCAAACAAGCCAGUUUGUUGUUUCUUGAGCCAGGGAAUUGUGCUGUAGUUUAUUUUGUUGGAGUCGUGUGGGUGGGAUGCCCAACGGGGAGCCCUCCAGAGAGAGCGAGGCAGGAGGGGCAUCUGGGAGAUCUGUGGGGUCUGAAAGCUACCGAGGGUCCAGGGGGGGGGCAGCUGCUUCAGCCCCUCGGACUUCACAGGGUUUCUUUUCACCAAAGGCUCUGCCUUUUCAGAGUUGGAGCAGCAGAGAUCCAGCCAGGCAAGCAUUUUCUGAGCAGAAAGUAAGAGGGAUGGUAGCAACCCCUGUUGAAUUUCUGCCUCACAAGCUUGUUUUAAAAGUGCAGGAGCUGUUUUGGGAAAGGGGUGCCUUGUCAGCUGGCUCCUUUUACUCAGGAGUUGGGCUGAUGGAUGAGCCUGAGUCUUUUCCCGAGGAGGAGGGGGGGAGAAUUGGGAAAUGGGGGUUGGGGAGCCUCAGAAGAAAGACAUACCCUCCGCUCUGCUCCUCCUGAGCCCAAACCCCUCCUGGGCUGCAUCUGCCCCUUCCUUCCCUGCCCCUGGGAAGACCAAGUGGGGGGCAGCAACAGCCCCCCUUUUCCUCUCGACCCGGGCUGGAAGAGGAGCUCUCGCAGGCCAAGACUGGCAGGGCGACCCCCGGUGCUCUCCUGGCCCCUCUGACUGCCGCAAUGCGAGCGAGGACAGAGCGCGGCCGACCCUGGGAAGCCCCCCCCCCCCUCCAGACACACAGACACACACACCUCGGGCCGUGCGCAGGGAAGGCGGGGCUCUGCCGUCCCGCCCUCGCCAGGCGGCGGCCAAUGGGCUCCCGAGAGGGUGGGGAGGGCCGGGCCUGGGCCAUUGUUAUGCAAAUGUCACGGGGCCGCCUAAAAAGUGCCCCCGCCGCCCGCCCGCUCAGUCCCCGGCCGACCCGCGGCGCCCGCCGCCCGUAGCAGCCCGCCCGCCCGCCCGCCAGCCACCCUCGAGCCAGGCGCCCAUCCCGGGCGCGGUGCGGAGCCAGGAGCCCGGCGUUGCGCGGCGGCGAAGCGGGCCGGCCGGCCUCUCCGGGGCCCGCGCUCCUCGCCCAUGCGGGGCCGGGCGCGGCGCCUGCCCCGUCGCCAGCCGGGCGCGCAGCCAUGAGCCAGGCGGAGCUGUCGGCCCCCCGCGCGGCGCCCAGCCAGCGCGUCUUCCAGGAGGCGGUGCGCAAGGGGAACACGGCCGAGCUGCACUCGCUGCUGCAGAACAUGAGCAGCUGCGAGUUCAACGUCAACUCCUUCGGCCCCGAGGGCCAGACGGCGCUGCACCAGUCGGUCAUCGAUGGCAACCUGGAGCUGGUCAAGCUGCUGGUCAAGUUCGGCGCCGACAUCCGGCUGGCCAACCGCGACGGCUGGAGCGCCCUGCACAUCGCCGCCUUCGGGGGCCACCAGGACAUCGUCCUCUACCUGAUCACCAAGGCCAAGUACUCGGCCGCCGGCGGGGGAGGCGGCGCGGGGGGAGGCGGCCGCGGCUGAGCGCGCUCCGGCAGCUCCAUGGCGGCGGUGGCGCCCCGAAAGCCCUCCGGCCCGCGGGCGAGCGCGGCGGCGCCUCCGUCAACCGAGCCCGCCUGGAGGACGGAGCGCAGGAGAGAUGCGCGCUGUUGGCCGGCCGGCGCCGCCACUCGGGCCGAGGAGACGCGGGCGCCGGCCCGGACCUCCCCGCCCUUCGGGAGCCGCCGCGCUCCGACCCGCCACGGCUCUGCCUCUCAUCUACCUCGGUUCUUCCAGUGUUGGCUCCCCCGCUCGCUCCUUCCUUCCUUGGGGCCGACCAUCUGCUGCCUACCGCGCCCCGGACCUGGUUCUCCGCCGCCAGCAGCUGCCACGGCCGCUCCCCUCCCAGCCCAGCCGCGGGGCGCUUUCCCCGAUCUCCGGCUCUUGCUCCGGAGCAAGACGCUCGUCGCAUUUGUCUGGUGUCCAGACCGAACUCGCCCCUCCCCGGCGCAGCCCUCUCGGCCUCCCCGCUCGCUCUCGCCCUCCUGGCCGCCUUUGGAUCCGCUCUGCCGGAGGGCGGGCGGGCCAACCCCCCCUUCAAAACGGGUGAAUUUCGCCCGGCUCUUCCGCGGAGAAAGGGGGCGCUUAGGAAGCUUCUCCGAAAGAUCGAGGGCGCCCCCUGCUGCUGAUGGAGGGAAAGCAAAACUACUGAAACCCGAACCUUUCGAAGGAGGCGAUUUCCACGCGGGGGUCGCUUCGGAACGGAGCAGGCCCCGCCGUGCCCCGAAACUGACUGCCCCGUGUGCCUUCGAUGCUGCUCUUGAGUCUCUGCCUGGUGUGGUGCGCCCAGGCAGCCCCCCAUGAAUGUCGAGGAAGCCACCCGCCUCUUCUGCCCCCCUUUUCGUGUGCACUAGAGAGAGAGAGAGAGAGAGAAAUAUCCCUUUCACCGCCAUAUCACCCGCGCCUCUUCUCCCCCCCAUCAAAUAGCCAUUAAACCUUUUAAAAUAUAGUUUUUCACUGUGUUUGGGCUGCGCUUUAAGUAUUUAUCUUGUACGUGUGCAAGGAUGUGUGUGAACAUGAAUAAUUAGUGACUUGAGCGUUUAUGUUUGAAGGGAUGUUUAUUUUGGUAGUUCAGAAAAUGCAGUUUUUUUGGAGCAGUUGCUAUUCGGUUUAUUUCUUCCCUAAUUCCUGCAAUAAUUCUCCCCCCCCCCCCAAUUGCACUGAGUUAUUUUGCUAUCUCCCGUUCCUCCAUGCCCUCCCCCAAAAGGGAGCCUGUUUUCUGCAGCCCCCUCCUCCUCCUCGCUUACUCUGACUGGUUGAUUUGCAAGGAAUGGGGCUGGGGCUUCACCAGCCCUGGUGGGAACUGCUGGGGGGGGUUGCGGGGGUGGCCCUCCUGACUGUGGCGUUUUUAGUCUGUGCUUGGCAGGGAGAACCAGUUCCUUUUUUUUUUUUCAACUUUGAGGGGGGUGUUUUAGAGUUGCACAUGAUUUCUUUUUUGUCUUAAAACAAGAUUUGCCACAAUAAAAUGUCAUAACAUUUAUGGCAUAGUUAUUAAAUGAGAAAAUAAAAGUAGGUUGUAUUCAGAAAUCCAAGAUCAGAUUUCAGUUUUAGGAAAAGAUCUUGGUCGAAAGCCCGUUUUUCUAAAGAAGACUCAUGUAAAGAUGUUAACACAUAUUUAUAUUUUUAUAUAUGAAAAGUAUACCUUUGGAGACUGUGAAACCCUUUUCCCCCCCAGGGGGUGUGCGGUGUGAAAUAAAAUAUCCAUGAGGCUUGUUCUGUUGCCUGGUUUCUACCAUCCCCCACUCUUGCCUAGAACUAGUGGGAAAAUCCCCUCCCCCCCCAAGAGGUGGUUCCCCUCCCCCCCCCUGCUAUGGGAACUGAGUUGGGAAGAUCUGCCUUUGAGGUCCUUUCUCUGAGCUGGCCAAUGAGGUUCCUUCCCACAGGGAUCUGCUAAGCAUCCUUGCUCUUAAACCAAGAGCUGCCCAACUCAGUGGGACUUGUGCUCUUCGGCUGACACAGCAGGAGGGAGUAAAUGUGAUAUUUUCUAUGCAACCCUGUAAAGCCGGGGUGUGCAAACUUGGGAACUUUUAAGACUUGUGGGCUUCAACUCCCAGAAUGGCUGGAUGAGGAAUUCUGGGAGUUGAAGUCCAUAAGUCUUAAAAGUUCCCAAGAUUGCACACUCUUGCUGUAAAGGUAUUGAAUGUAGCCAGGUGUUAUGUGUGUCAUCCCCCCCCCCCCAACUGAGACAUAAAAGGGAAGGUGUUAUUUGGCUAUUUUGUGCUGCUGGAUCCUUUGUGCCAAAAUGGGAAAUGUCUCUUGCCUUUCUUUAAAGAGGAAGAGGGGGUGUUUUGAGAUGCACCAGUUUUGCGCUGAAUCAUCUUCAGGUCUAUUAAAUAUUUUUCUUGGGAAAACACAUUCGCCUUUGUGGGGGGAAAAACCAGACAUUGGAAGAAGUUGACCCGCAGAUUACUUAAGUGAGCAGCCGUUUGCUACACCGUGGUCUUGUUUCUACCCCCCCCUUUUUUUUCCUAGGUGGCAAAUACCUUUCUUAAUUAUGUUAAUUAAUUUGUGGAGAAUUUUAGGCUUAUGUUGAAGCUUUUAUGUGGCUCACUGUAUGAUCACUUUUUAACUGGAUGAAAGGGCUUGCAAGGCUGUACGGGGUUGGGUGUGUGUGUGUGUGUUUCUGAGUAUAUCAUAGCAUUGUGUAGUCCCAGGGUGAGAAAAUUAUAAAUAAUUUUUCCACUGAUCUUUUUAUAUAAAAACAUGUUCCUA